AUGGAUGCCUCUCUCCCCUCACCACCUGCGUUAAAUGCCUUGCGCGAAUCCUUCGGUGAUCGCAAACCACCGGAUAUUACUCGUAAAAUCACAGCAUGCGUGGCAUGUCGCAAACAAAAGAUCAAAUGUCAUAUGCGAGAUGGCCAAGCGCCAUGUUCUCGUUGCGCAAUGGUCCAUAAAAUUCGGCGACUCGAAGAGGCCAUUGCACAGAUUGCAAACAAAGUCGAUAUACCUGAACUGAAAUCACAACCUGGAGGGGUUACAGAGUCGCUCAGUCCACCAGUGGACUUGGCCAAUGCAGAGCCAUCGACCUUCAGUCCAGAAGCACAACCCCAUGCUCAGGCUCAGACUCAGUAUAAACCAAGGAAUGAUCGUGAAUUACCUCGAACAUGGGAGCUUGUGGACCCACGAGGUGGCCCAGCUUCUAUUCCAGCUUCAUGUCUCUCGGAUGGUGCAGAAAGCACACAGCGGAACAGUUUACGCAAUGCACGCCGACCAGACUUAAUAUCGACUGGAUUGAUUACCUUACGACAAGCGCUGGCUUUGUUCGAGGAAUAUCAUCUACGACUGGAUCACUUCCUUUAUAGGAUAUUGGGUGAUCACAUUAGCUUGGAUUCGGUUAGAGUGGCAUCGCCCCUACUAACCGCGGCAGUCUGCACGGUUGGAGCCCUUCAUUCGCGAUCACUGGGGAACCUCUUUGAUGUUUGCUACCACGAAUUCAAAAGUCUGGUCUCUGCCCAGCUCUUUUCUCGAACCGCGAAUGAUGACGACAUCAGGGGAUUAUGUAUUGGGGCAUUCUGGCUGCAUGAGCUAUCUUGGGCAUUGAUUGGAAAUGCUGUUCGGAUUGCCUCCGAUAUUCACCUCCACAGUGGAAUCUAUAAGGCUCUCAAAGGCGACCGUGAAGGCUAUCUCCAGGUGCGACUAUAUUACCUGGUGUAUGUCUGCGAUCACCAUUUCUCGAUCGCAUAUGGCCGACCACCAAUGUCCCACGAAGGAUUCAUCAUCAAGUCUGCAUCUGCGAUGCUACAGACAGAGCAUGCGACUGAAGAUGAUGCCCGGCUAGUCAGUCAAGUACAGGAGUGGUCGAUACUCGGUCAAGUAUUUGACACCUUUGGCGUGGAUGUGGACACGGCCAUCGCGUCCGAAACAAUACCCCAGCUUCGUCGAUACUCCAUCGCACUGGAUACUUGGCUUGCGGACUGGAACGAAAGCUUCGCAGAGAACCGCAAUGUGGGAAAUUAUCCCAAAAAAGGUGUGGGUUUUCAUUUUCACUUUGCCAAGCUCUAUCUCUGCUCUCAUGCAUUCCGGGGCAUACCUGCAGUCGAGAAUACCACGGAAUGUUUCACCCCUGAGUUAGAAGAGAUCGCCAAUGCUGGGGUCCUUUCAGCCAUGUCUAUUCUCCGCGUGAUCGUUUCUGAUGCGGAAUUUCGAUCCUUCAUGGAUGGAUUACCUUUAUAUUUUGACACCAUGCUGGCCUUUGCUGUGAUCUUCCUCCUCAAAGUCGCUACCAAAUAUGCGACGGUCAUUCGGAUCGACACUGUCAAAAUAUUGUCUCUGGUGGCAGAGACUGUGGCUGCAUUGCGAGAAAUCACUCAGUCUAUGCACCGACAACAUUUACUGGUUGUCAUUGCCGAAGGUCUGGGGAGUGCCUCCUCAAACGUCUCUGGAGGUUAUGUAUCAGUCCACACCAGCUAUGGAGCCACAUCCUCAAUUGGAUAUGAACUGGAUGGAGAAUAUGGCGAGCUUUGA